AUGCAGCACAUCAAGGGUAAAAAUAGCUCCGGCAGCAGUAAAUCUGACGAUAGUCAAACGACAUUAAGAAAAUACGAUGAUGAUGAUGAGGGUGAAAUAGUGGACAUGGAGCACAAGUUCGCACUCGAUUUACGUCUGGAAACCGGCAGCAAAGGACGCCCAAAGCUUAUCCUCGGCGGAUACGCCUUUUUCCGUAACAACUUUGCAGCCAGUAGCUUAUCAAAAAAAAGAACAGCCGACUAUCGCAACAAUCCAGACGAGUUUGUGCUGCCAGAUCCUGUACGACCGGGUGUUUCGGCCAUUCGCGCCUAUAAACCAGUUGUGAAGAUUGACAAUACUGACGUAGUCCAUCGAAUGCUAGCAAGCACUUUUACACCGAACAAGGAAAAAGAUGCCCAUCGUCCAGCUGUUACCCACGCGCGUAAAACAAGUGCUCCAGUGCUCAGUAAAGCAGGAACAAACGUUUCUAGAAAUCAGUGUGAGGAUGUCGUUCCUAUGACCGGUUCUCAUCGUGAAUCGAAGAAAAUACGAGCUGCUCUAAACUUUGCCGAAAUCACCGAACAACAGCCGGUAGAAAUGGCACUUAUACCGACGCGUAAAGGUGCCACUGGCGUCCAGUGCGCUGGACAUCAUUUUGAGUUUCAUUACACGCGAAAGCAACAUAAGAUUUAUCGUUGUGCGUUGCAUAGUGCGCGCCGCUGCCAGGCACAAGUUCUUAUGCACAACAAGCUGUUCUACAUCGUGCACGGCGAACACACGCAUACAGAGUUUUCCAAGUUGAGCUCAGAUGUACUAGGAAAAACGACUUUAAAGCAAUAGAUGGAUAGUUGAGGUGUUGGUAUAUUACUACUACCCGUUAAGAGAAUAGAGAUACUAGGAAUAAUGGCAGCAGAAACGCAACAAUUUUAUGAAUUAAAAUUAUUAGAACGUCUCAUACUUAGGGAUAAUAAAGAUUGUCUCA